AUGUCCCCUGACCCCACGCUAGAGCCUACGGUCCCCGGAGAAGAGCCAGAGGAGGUUGACGAAGGCGAGGAGAGCGAUGAAUAUGAAGUUGAGGGCGAAGAAGAAGAGCAAGGCGACUCGUCCCACCCAGUUGGAGCUGAAGAAGACGAUGAAGAUGAGGAGGGAGAGGAAGGAGGUCCCGCAUCAAAGAAUGUUGAGUUAUCGGUACAGAGCAAACCAAGUUUGACGGCGCUACUGGUUGGCGAGAAUGGGACGUCAGUCUCAGCUGCUGCUGAGGACGAGGACGCCGAGGACGACGACGAGUAUUUCGAGGAAGACGAAGAAGAGCCUCCCACUUCUGCUGGCGGCUUGAAACGUUAUGCGGACGAAAUCAGCGAAGGAGACGAAGAGGAGGAGGAAGAGGAUGGCGGAGCCGCAAAGAGGGCACGAGUCGGCUGA